UGCCAGGUUUGCUGAGCUUUUGCAAAGGUCGAAUAAAGAGCGGGUCAUAUUCCAAAGAACGAACGAUUUGUGUUUCUAUAAGAGCCCUGCGGAGUUGAGAGAGCAGUAUCAGUGCGAACUUUUCCAUUGCAGAGUCAACAAUGUCAGAGACGGAGAAAGCAAAAGCUAAAAUGAGCGUCGAGUACAGGAAGAAAUCUGCAGAGAAAAAGAACGGAGUGGAAGGCAGCAAAAGCAACAGAGAAAGUGUCGCUUCGAUGGAGGUAGAGCUGGUAUUGGAAGAGCAGGUCUCGGGAGCUCUGGUGGAAAGCGCUGAAACGGAGUCACAACCAAUUGAGACUUCGAAAGAGAAACCAAAGCGGCGAAAGAUCAGUGGGAUUUUUAAAAAAGGUGAUGGAAAGAAAGAAAAGACGGAAGAUAAAAGCAAGAGGAUUAGCACUGUUUCUCAAGAUGAAAGUAUCAGUGCUUCAAAAGAGCAACAAGCGAACGAAGAAGAUGCAGAGGUAAAAGAAGAUUUUGAAGAAAGUCCAAAAGAAGCCGAAGAGAAGGCAAAGAAAAGGCGGUCGUUUGGCAUGUUUAAGAAAAAGGACAAAGAAAGCGAUAAGGAUAAAGCGGGAAGCGUGACUUCGCUGAAUGCAGCAGACGACGAGGAAACAAAAGAAAAGACAGAAAUCGCUGUUGAGGAGGAGAAGGAAGAAGAGGAAUUCAAAAGGGAGGAAGCUGCUGAAGAAACCCCUGCGGAGGUUGCAGAUGGCAAAGAAAAGAAACAACGAAGGCGCAGGUUUAGUUUUUCAAAGAAGAAAAAGCCGAAGGUGAAAGAGUUGGACGAUUCUGAUGUGGAGGCGGAGGAAAAAGACAAACAAAUUCUAGAUCAGGAUCAAACCGAGAAACCAGUCGAAAGCUCUGAGGAAAAAGAAGCUGACAUGGAAAAAAGCUGUCAAGUCGGGAGCCAAUCAGAGGGCGAGACUGAGACAAAGCCUGAAGAUGAAGUAAAAGAGGAGGCGACGGAAGGGAAGGAAACAGAGCCCGAAGAGGCCCCGAAAAGAAAGAAGUCACUCAAGCGCAGGCUCAGCUUCUCAAGAAAAAAGAAAGCAAAGAAAACAGAGGAGAAACAAGAUGAAGGAGAAGCGAGGGAGGGAACAAUGGAUGACAACGAAAUGUCUCAACAACCAGAACUGGUGAACCAAUCAGAAGCCGAGUCACAAGAGAAUGGGGGCGCAUGCGCGGGUGAUGAGAAAACAGCAAAUGAACUUGCUUCGGCAGAAAGCGACACGAACGAAGCAUCCGACACGGAACAGACGGAGAGCGAGGAGGAAAGUGGAUAUUUCAGGUUAGGUUUAAUUUACAGCAUAUUUGAGGCAAUUUUCAGACAGAAAGAUAAAAUGCCGGAAAUGUCUGUAACGAAGUCACGCGAGCUCGUGAUUUAUACAGUUAACCAGGGGUACAUCAGGAUAACCGAUGCGUCCGGCUCGAUUUUCACUCAGGCAAGCCAGGCACCACGCAGGGCUGUCAUGUGGGUACUUCAAUUACUUGUCAAAAAAUAUCCACAGGCUUUUAAAAACCUAAAAAAGCGCAAAUCUAAGAAAAGCAAGGGAACGUCCGACGCUACCAAAGAGCCAGUAACGGAAACGCAUAUCUAAAACUUUUGAAGUGAAUCAACAAAAUUGAUACUUGUUUAGACAUCAAAAGUAAUUGAUUGUAUAUACCAACUUAUCGUUUAGUCGUGGAUGAUUUCAUUGAAAUAAGUUUGGUCAGCUAAAAAUACCAUCUAUUUAAAUGUGUUUUCAAUUUUAUGUAAUAACAUGGGUGCAUCAAGGAGUUCCAAAACAAAGGGGCGGGGGGAGGGGGCUAGGAGGCGGAUUCAUUCAUCGGCGUAUUACCUUAUAUUUUUUGUUAUUUUUUUAAGCCAAAUAUCUGAAAAAUAGGGGGUCGAGUCCCGCUCGACUGACCCUCUAGAUCCGCCCCUGAAUAGCCAAACAUUUGAUUAUAUUUCAAACGGAAUCCAAUUGAAAAUCCAAUGGAAUAUGUAUAGGUAGCGAUUAUCUUAUAAGACAAGUAAUGCUGUUUUAAGUAUUCUAAAAAAAUAAACGAAUGAAACAAUGAAGUGCUGCCAAUGGGGGCACUAAUGGCGUGCGACAACAAAUAGUUUAGGUGAUUGAUGAACUUGUAAAUAGGGAGGGAAUAUUUCAAUGUUGUCAUUGUACAUAACUUUCGCCAAUAAAGUGUUGAUGAUGAGAAGCU